CACAAGCGUGGGCAACUGGCUCCAACAGACGUGGAGGCGGGCUGGGGGGCGCCGCGAGCCGCCGAACCCCGGCCGCAGCCCGCGCAGGGCCCCCGCGGGGGAGGAGGGCGGGCCGGGCGUCCUCCGGGGCGGCUCCGGCUGCGGGCCACGGCUACCCCGGGGCGGCUCGGCACACGGCGCGGGAUGGAGACAGACGCGCAGGGCUGUGCGGCCUCCUGGUGGGACAUGGUGCUGCGGAACCUGCGGUCUUUUCCACAUUCCUGUUCAAUGCUCGGAAGAAAAAUUGCCUCUCUGUACAACAGCUUUACUAGUAAACCAUUAAAAGAACACAUUUUUCCUCCUCUGAUGAACACGCUAAUAUUUUUAAAUUUUUUCAAAGCACCAUUUCUUGUGGAUUUAAAGAAACCGGAGUUAAAGAUUCCUCACACGGUGAACUUGUAUAUCAGAGUUGAACCUGCAGUGAUUCUGGGAGUCUGGCACACAGUUCCCAGCUGCCGGGGGGAAGAUGCUAAAGGGAAGGACCGCGGCUGGUACGAAGCAGCCCUUCGUGACGGCAAUCCAAUUAUUGUUUAUCUUCACGGCAGCGCAGAACACAGGGCAGCGCCUCACAGACUUGAGCUAGUAAAGAUGCUGAGUGAUGGUGGCUUUCACGUCCUGUCUGUGGACUACAGAGGGUACGGGGACUCCACGGGUGAGCCCACAGAGGAGGGGCUGACCGCAGAUGCUGUUUGUGUCUAUGAGUGGACCAAGGCGAGAAGUGGUAACACGCCUGUGUGUCUCUGGGGCCACUCUCUGGGUACAGGAGUUGCAACAAAUGCUGCGAAAGUACUAGAAGAGAAAGGAUUUCCAGUUGAUGCUAUUAUCCUGGAGGCUCCAUUUACCAACAUAUGGGUUGCAAGUAUUAAUUAUCCCUUGUUAAAGAUUUAUCGGAAACUUCCAGGAUUUUUACGCGCGCUUAUGGAUGCACUGAGAAAAGACAAAAUAGUCUUCCCUAACGAUGAAAAUGUUAAAUUCCUAUCUUCUCCCCUCCUCAUCUUACACGGUGAGGAUGACAACACGGUGCCUUUGGAGUUUGGAAAAAAGCUCUAUGAAAUUGCACACAAUGCGUAUAGGAACAAAGAGAGGGUCAAGAUGGUGAUCUUUCCUCCUGGUUUCCAGCACAACUUCCUCUGUAGAAACCCCACACUACUAAACACCGUGAGAGAUUUCCUGAGUGAGCAGUGGGCAUGAGGUCUGAGAGUAAUGGAAAUCUGCAGUGAAGACUUGGUCCAAACAGCACCCACGAUGCCUUUUUUUUAUGUAAAAUUGUACUGGGCCGCUUGGAUGAGCUGGAGCCACUGA